CCAACUUGGUAAACACGUCAUGCAUUGUUAGGGCAUGUCCUUUUUAUUCAGUUCUACCUUAUAUUCAAGUUUGCUCCCCAAGCUACUACUAGAUUCUCCCUUGCAGUUAAUAUCCAAAAACACUCUCAGGCCUAUAUAACUACCGAAACUCUUUCCAAAACUUCUGAUAUCUUCUAAUAACUCAGUGACGACUCUAGUACAUAUAUAGAAGUUUUUCAUAUCCAUCGUUCAAGAAUUGAAAGCCAUGGUGUCCCUCCAAUCUCCCCUCUCUCCGGAUCGAAGGAAGCCGAGUCCCGAUUCGGAGAAUUCUUUGCAGAAGAGGAAGUGGGAAGACCCGUUUGAUUAUAGGGAGCAAGUUUUCGAGAAACGGUACAAAGCAGAAGGCCAAAAUUUCAUGGCUGGUAUUGAGUUACACCUUGAGACUCCAUUACCUUCGGAGUGGCAAAGGUGCCUUGACAUUCAGUCAGGGAAGAUACAUUUUUACAACACAAAGACACGUACAAGAACAUCUAGGGAUCCAAGAAGUGCUACUACCACUCCUCAGCCGGCAAUUAGUCCGAGCGAUCAUCAUGAUCAUCAUCAUAUGAGCUUAGACCUUGAACUCAACCUAACAACAAGCGAUUCACCGAGGAAAAACCGAGCCACUGACGGCCAUUUCUCUAAGCUUAAUUCAAGCACUACUCUCUCUGAUCUCUCAAUAGUUACCACCAAUAAACAGAAGAAGAAUAGUUGUCCGUCGUGGCUGGCCUUCGAAGCCGAUCAACAAGAGAUGGUGGCGACGGUGUGCAUGAGAUGCCACAUGUUGGUGAUGCUAUGCAGGUCCUCACCUGCGUGCCCAAAUUGCAAGUUUAUGCACCCGCCUGAGAAAAGUCCCUCAACUAAUUUUAUUCAAGUCAAGCUCUAGAACUACUAGUAGUAGGAGUUUCUUCUGCCAGUAUGGGAUCACAAAGGCUGGGAUUUAAAGUAAUUAGGAACAUGACCCCCUUUUCUUUUCCUUUCUUCUUUUUUUCCCCCCUUUUCUAUCGUAUUUACCU